CGAACCUGAACCUACCCGCAGUGGAAAAGAAAACCGAAAAGAAACCGCUCUCCGUCUCCAUUCCAUCGCGAAAUCGUGCAUUUCAUUUACUCGUCGAUUAGCAGAGUCGCAGGACGAUCGUGCCGGCGUCGAAAAUAUAAAAAUUUCGAUUAUUUACCAACGUGUAAUCGCUUCGCGUCGAUGCGUUUGUUAAUUGCCGCGUAAUCGGGCGAGAGAAUGUCGCGAAAACGGCGCUGCUUUGUGGUCGAUAAAUUAGUGAAAAUCGAGUGGUAAAUUAGUGGAGAUUGGAUAAUGGUGGAUUUGAAGAACGAGCCGGAUUCCGGGGCGAAAAAGUCGCGGGGUAUCUCGGUGACGAUGGUGAAGAAUUGGCUGAGUUUGUCGGAGAAGCGGCGGGAGCCCUUUCAGAAGAUGCCCGAUACGUUGUUGAGAUCGCUGAAGAGGAGAUCGUUGAGGAUGAAACGCAGCAAAUCGUUUAUGUUGAAGCCUGAUUCGUUCGUCAAUUCGCAAGAGUGGACGCUGUCCCGUUCGGUGCCCGAUUUACGCUUGGGCAUCGUCGGUUCGCUCUCGUCCGGCAAAUCGGCGCUCGUCCAUCGCUACCUCACCGGCUCCUACAUGCAGGAGGAGUCGCCCGAAGGGGGCCGCUUCAAGAAGGAGAUCGUCCUCGACAAUCAGAGCUAUUUGCUGUUGAUCAGAGACGAGGGCGGACCGCCCGAACUACAAUUUACCGCAUGGGUGGACGCCGUCAUUUUCGUGUUCAGUUUGGAAAACGAAUCGUCGUUCAACGCCAUUUUCAAUUAUUACACGAAAAUGUCGCAUUACAGGAACACGGCCGAGAUCCCUUUGAUUCUAGUAGGCACUCAAGAUGCAAUUAGCGAAAAUAAUCCGCGCGUGAUAGACGAUUCUCGCGCCAGGAAAUUAGCCAACGACCUGAAGAGGUGCACCUAUUACGAAACGUGCGCUACCUACGGACUUAACGUCGAACGAGUGUUCCAAGAUGCUUGCCAGAAAAUCGUGCAGCAAAGAUUGUCCGCAUCGACGUUGUGUUUGACGCCUACGAAUUCGAGACCGUCGACGCCGAACAACCAUUACUAUCCGGGCUCCAUGUCCGUACAGAGGCAUUUGUUGCAGGGCAACAACGGGUACUCCCAGCACGGUACUGCCCAGCCCCACAUGUCGCCCGGCCACAAUCACACCAUAUGCCACAAGGAUAUUCUCAAUGCUCAAACGGUAGAUUUGCGACAAGUACACACGCUCAAAUCGAACCCCACGCAUUUCGUCCAUCGAGACCUAUGUUCAGACAGCAACAAAGAAAUCGUGUAUAAAUCAUCGGAGGAAAAAUGGAAUUCCUCGACGUCGACAAUCGGUAGUCACGCCUCGUCUCAGAACGUGACAGAAAACAACAACCUGGCGAAAUUCUCGGCGCCCCAUUCGCUCGACAACCUCCAAAUCGUCCACGGCAACGCCUCCAAGGACAACAAAGACCUGCCGACGCCGAAUUCGACGCCGACGACGUCGCGCAAGACGCGCCGCCGCUCGAAUUUGUUCACGCCGAGCAAGAAGGGCGACGAGAAGCUGAAGAACGGCGGCGACUUCGGCAGCGGCCGCGCCAUACCGCUCAAACAGGGCUACCUCUACAAGAAGAGCAGCAAACCGUUGAACAAAGAAUGGAAGAAGAAGUACGUGACGUUGUGCGACGACGGCCGAUUGACCUACCAUCCCAGCUUGCACGACUACAUGGACGACGUGCACGGCAAGGAGAUACCGUUGCAGUACGUCACCGUCAAAGUGCCCGGCCAGAAGCCGAGAGGCUCGAAGUCGAUCAUCACGGUGGCCGGCGGCGGUCACUACACCAGCGUCAGCGAAUCCUUCGGCGGGCUAUCCCUAGCAGGCAAAGAACGAAGGGCAAACGAACGCGUCGCGACGCUCGGCUCCUUCGAUCCCGCCAAGGAGGCGUCGCGGUACGCGCAGCAGGCGAGCGGCGACGAGGGCAUGGUCCUAUCGAGCAGCAAUUCCUUCCUCAACGGCGAAGUCGCCGCCAAAACGGACACGCCGCACGUCAAAAAGCGACAUCGGCGCGUCAAGAGCAGCGGCCUCAAGAAUUCCGAAUUCGACGAUACCGAAGCGAACGAGUUCUACAUAGUGUCGUUGGACAACAAGCAAUGGCAUUUCGACGCUUCGAACGGCGACGAGCGCGACGAGUGGGUGUCGGCGAUCGAACAGCAAAUACUGAAUUCGUUGCAAUCGAACGAAACGUCGAAGGCGAAAGGGGCGAAUCCGACGGAGGCGAGUACGAUACAAUCGAUAAAGACGCGCGUCGCCGGCAACGGAUGUUGCGCCGAUUGCGACGCUCCCAAUCCCGAUUGGGCGAGCCUGAAUUUGGGCGUGUUGGUGUGCAUCGAAUGCUCGGGCAUCCACAGGAACUUGGGAUCUCACAUAUCACGCGUGCGAUCGAUGGAUUUGGACGAAUGGCCUCCGGGAAAUUUGGCGGUGAUGCUGGCCAUCGGCAACGCCUUGGCGAAUUCGGUGUGGGAGUGCCAGUUGCACAACCGUUGUAAACCGAACGCGCAGAGCACGCGCGAGGAGAAAGAACGAUGGAUAAGGGCGAAGUACGAGCACAAGGAAUUCCUGCCGGCGCCCAACAACACCAUGCCCUUGGGUCAACAAUUAAUCGAUUCGGUUUGCGCGUCGAACAUCAAAGGAAUCGUCGGCGUACUAGCGAGAGCGAAUAGCGAAGAAGUCAACACCACUGUAGGUCCGAGGGAUUUGAGGACGCCAUUGCAUUUGGCUUGCGCCAUGGGCAACUUGGCGGUGGCCCAACUGCUCAUAUGGUACAACGCCGACGUGGAAUGCGUCGAUCAGGACGGCCGGACGUGUUUGGCGUACGCCAAGGCGGCGGCGAGCAUAGCCAAGGCGAAAUCGCAGACGGACGCCGACGUAUCGGAGGCGGCCUGCAAGGCGCUGGUCGAUUUGCUGUUGUGUUUACAUUGCCCGGAGGCGGCGAGCGUGUCGAUAAGCGGGACGAUACCGCGACGAAGGGGCGGCGAUCACGACAAGACGGCGUCGAGCGCGCUUUAAGCCGGGCGUGGGGGCGGGUAAAUUGGUACACCGGUAAACUGCGCUUGAUCUGCGAUAUGUAUACAUGGUUGCCGGCGUGCGUUUAAUUUCGUUGUAAGUAGCUAAUGAGAGGGUGGUGAGUAGAGGAAGAGGCGCUUGUUGACAACUUUGACGUAUCGUUAGUGGGAUCAUGCGCAGUGUACGAGCAGCCUAAUAGCGAAUAUUACCAUUGUUGGUGUUGUAGCCUAUAUUUACUACCGUGACUUUGUGGUUUUUUUUUGUUUCGUGUACUGGUAAGUACGCGGAAUGGAUUAGGAAAAAGUUUAACUAGUGGGAUGAUUUUCAGGAAAAUUGUUGUUGUUUUUUUUAUAACUUUUGAAACGUACAGACUUUUAUACGUCAAUUUUUUAUGACUUCGUACUUACGAGAAGAGCUUGCAUUUUGUAGCGUGUAAGGAAAUUAACGUUUUCGAUAUUUUUUACGGGAUAAUUUUUUUAUCCUCGCGACUGAUUAAAUUAUUAUAUUCGGAAUAAUCGCUUCAGACCUUGUUUUGACGUCUUUGAUCGUAUUUUCGUUAUGAAAGUACGUUUCAUUAUUUUGCGAUCAAAGAUGCUCAAUUACCGUUUUAAUUAAUUCUAAAUGUGGACGAGUUAUUUGAAUGUUGAAAAUAUUUGCAAGAAACAAUCAGAGUUCUAAUAAGAAUAAUCUCACGUAUGCUAAGCACUGAUAUGUACUUAAUUGUUUCGAUGGCGAAAUAGUACAGAAAUCACGAUCUUUUUGCACUGUUUUCCUAAGCAAAAAAAUAAAUACAAACUUUCUCGCUAUUACGGAAUACGAUUCAGUUUGUAUUUGUUGUUCUUUGUAGUCUAACAAUUGUGAUGUUAUUAAGACUACUUAAAAGAUAUAAUGUUUGUACCUUGUAGUUUUUAAAUUAAAUCGGAAAAAAAUAUUAUUCUUAUCGUAUUUAAUUCUGAUUUUUUUAACGUUUCACCGGCUUCGUUGUAAUAAUUAACUCGAGAUUAUUUAUUUGCCGUAGUUUUUUUUCUGUUAUUCUGUUCACCAAAGAAUUUUUAUGUAUUCUUUAUUGUUUUGUAUAUAAUGAUGAAUUAUGUACAGAAAUUUAUAUAUGUUGUUUCUCCCUUAAUAAAUAUGUUCAAUAUAA